GACAACGUAACAUUUCCGCAUGCCAAUAAAAAUACGUUUCUGAAAACAACAGGACAGUUCAUGUGAAUAUGUGCGUGUGUGCUCUACUGCUUUCAGUUUUACAAGUUCCCAAAGUUAGCAUGUAGUUUCAGUCACAUGCCUGCCCUGAAGAAACAUCAGAUGGCAGGUGCCGCCCGCCGCCUCUUCUUUUUCUUCUCAAGGAAACAAACUCACUCCGGAGUAUUUUAAAAGCAGGACUUUUGAACUGAAAGCCAAGGAGCAGACAAAGGUCUAAACAUGCUGAAAUUAAACCCAAAAUUUGACCUGCACAGAGAUGUGGUAUGUGACAUCCUCAGGAAGGAGGCGUCGGUCUGCAGGGUGAAAGAAUACUCUGGAGCAGUGGACACUUGUAUCCUCAACAUUGAAAGAGAUGGGGGCAUCCUUUACUCCUGGAAGGGGGCAACAGGGACCACCAGAAUUGGGAAAUAUGACUCCAACACCAAACAGAACAAGCUCCUGUACACAUUCGACAAGCAGGUGUGUGUCAGCAGCUGUUCCCUGAACAAGGAAGAGACGCUGUUAGCUGUCAGCUUGGCACAAAACACCAGAGGAGAGGAGCACCUCAAACCAAUAUCCAAGUGUCUAACUCUCCUGAUUGAGAUCCAUCCAAUCAACAACACUAAAGUCCUCAAGGCAGUGGACUGCAGGGUCAAAGUGCAGUUCCUCCAUUCAGAAACUGACAGGAGAUCAGUGCUGGAGAGCCACCUGCUGCUGCUGACUGAGGACGGAUAUGCGGAUCUCUACCAUGUUCUGCUUACAAGGCAGGAGGGUUAUAGAGUGGUGAUGGCGAAUCCCGAGCGUUUGUCCAAAACAGCAGAGAGAAUAGUGGAGGACUUCUGCUGGGUCCAGUGGGACGGACACACACAAAGAGUCUACCAUCUCACUCAUAACGUGACACACACACAGGACAAGUUCCUGAUGCGAUGUGUUCAGUUUUACCCCAACCAUAAAUGCGAAACUGUGUUGGAACUCCCAUUAGAGUUGCCUGCUAAUCUUUUCCACACAGUCAAAUUUGUAAAUCUGGGUUUUGACCAUUAUCACAUGGAGAGACCAGAGCAGGAGCUUGUUAGGUUGGAAGUGUUCACAGACAGAAUAGAAAGAAGCAUGUGUGUGUGCUACAGCCAACCUCUUAAAGAUAAACAGGAACUGAUCUACACUGUGGUUUUAGUCCAUAAAGACUGCAGAAAGACGUUCAGAGUAUCUCUGGGCAGCGACCAGUCGCCACAGAAAGCCGCAUACCUCCAUCCGCUCUUCAUUCCUAUAGGUUACCAUAUCCUGGUGUAUCUUCAGGACUAUUUCCUCCAUUGUGUCAACACCAGACAGCAGGAGAUGCUCUGUCACUCCCUCUUUCUCUCAGGUCUUGACGUGGACUUGGGCCUGCAGUGUCAGUCAGCUAACAUCACAGUGUUGCAUGCAGAGGAAGAGUCCAGUGGUAGUCUGUUGGACCUGGCCAGUGGGAGGAUCCACACCGCUGAGCUUAGCCCUGCCUUCCUGCUGCAGAUACUGCGAUCAAACACUCCUAGGUGUCCCAGCAGUAAGGCUGACCCUCAGCGCCUGGCCGCCCUUCACUGGCUCCUGGUUUACAUGGGAAACGACCCAAACCUGGAGCUAAAGAUCAUUGAAUGGCUGUGUGACAACGUGUAUGCCUUUGAGUCCUUUGAUCAGAUCCAGGAGUUCAUUCUAGCCUCUUUGUACAGAAUAAGCUAUGAGAAGUCUCUCAGCUUGGAUAAAGUCCUGCCUUACUCCUCUGUACUUGACAAGAAGGAGAUACUAGCGUGUCUGUUGGAGGUCCCUGGUGUGUUGUGUACCACUGAGCUGCAUAUUGAACCUGUGUUCAAAGGCAAGGCCAGAAGUCUCCAGGGUUUCUGGGCAGAGCUGCAGUGGAACACAGAGAGGACAAAAUAUCUGGAUGCUGUUCCCAACCCUAGAUACAGAACCUCACACAUACAAGUCGACUGGGAUAAACUGAAGUCCGAGAGGAGACAAUCCAGCCACAAGAAUCACAUGGAGGAGAACACAAAGAAAGUUCUAUCAAUGGUGGACACUUGGUGUCUCGAUAAGAAGCUGGUGCCACUUUUCCAGGAGGAGGACCAUCAACAGAGGGCGCUCAUAGGCCUGACGGUUGACAAACUCCGAGAGCAUCUCAACAGACACCUGCCUCGACUGGGGAAGAAGAAGAUUGACUCGCUGGUUGUCAACUAUGUAGCCAAACUGCUGGAGCUCAUCAGACACAUGCUGGAGUCAGUCUGGCUGAAGUACAAACUUGGCCCUCGUGUUUUGUGCUUUACACAACAGGGCAGUCCAGUCGAGUGGUCCGUGUUUCACUUCAUGCUUCGGAUCCUGGAAGCCACGAGGGGUCUCUGUCUGCCCCUCCCGCCUGGCUAUCACACUCUGUUAGCAGUGUUUGCUGUGCGUUGCCUCCCUCAUCACACCUUCCUACAGUACAUUGACCACGGCUUCCUGCAGCUAACUGAAACCUUUGUGUCUCGGCUCAUGACAGAUUUGGACAACAGUGAUGCCAACGAGAGACUGAAGUUCAGCAUACUUAAGAGACUCCCUGAGCCUAUGGAGCAGAGGAUCUACCAUAUGUGGGACCAUCCUAUCAGUUCAGCUUCCAUCUCCAGAGAUUAUAUCAGGACUCUGCUAGAGAAGCACAACAAAAACAAGGGAUUUGCAUUCACCGGCAGAAACAAGCCAGGCUUCACACCUGAAUUUCUGCCUCUUACCUACCUGGCAAAAAUCCUCUCUGAUACAGAGGAACAAGCUCUGAACCCUUUCGAGGAGCAGGAGAACGUGGAUGCCAGGUUCGUGGAGGAGACAGCUCUGAAACAGACACUAAUACUGCUGGGCUUUGAGGAAAAAUGAAGCAUGUGGAGGGGAGCGCGGGGGCGGAGAGGGACUUGGGGAUGGAUGGAUUGAGGGGGGAAAUGUGUUUGAGAGAACAGUAAUCAUUUAAUUUGGCCUUGAGGAUAAGUAACAGAUGAAUGGAUGAUGGAGGGACGGAAGGCGAGAAGUGAAAGAUGAAUGGGGAGAUUGAAAGGCAGAGCGCUCAUAAACAAGCUCUCACUGUUUGAUGACAGAUUAGGGUGGGGCAGAAAGAAAGAUGGAUGGAGACACCCAGAAAGGAAAGAUGGAGGGGCAGAGUGGAUGAAGUCACACCCCCCCCCCCCCUAUUAAAUAUGAAAGUGUGCGAUGGACAAUAUGAACCAAAACCUAAAA